AUGUUAGCGGUGGGGGCGAUGGAGGGCACCCGGCAGAGCGCGUUCCUGCUCAGCAGCCCACCCCUGGCCGCUCUGCACAGCAUGGCCGAGAUGAAGACCCCGCUCUACCCCCCCGCCUACUCCCAGCUGCCCGCCGGGCCCCUCUCCUCGUCCUCGUCCUCUUCCUCCUCCUCCUCCUCGCCCUCCCCGCCCUUGGGCGCCCACAACCCUGGCGGCCUGAAGACCCCGGCCGCGGGGGGUCUCGCGUCCCUGGGCAGCCCCCCGCAGCAGCUCUCGGCCGCCACCCCGCACGGUAUCAACGACAUCCUGAGCCGGCCCUCCAUGCCUGUGGCUUCAGGGGCCGCUCUGCCCUCGGCCUCGCCCUCCGGCUCCUCCUCCUCCUCUUCCUCGUCCGCCUCUGCCUCCUCUGCUUCGGCCGCUGCUGCCGCUGCAGCCGCGGCCGCGGCCGCCGCCUCAUCCCCAGCGGGGCUGCUGGCCGGCCUGCCCCGCUUCAGCAGCCUGAGCCCGCCUCCGCCUCCUCCGGGGCUCUACUUCAGCCCCAGCGCCGCGGCGGUGGCAGCCGUGGGCCGCUAUCCCAAGCCGCUGGCCGAGCUCCCCGGCCGGACGCCUAUCUUCUGGCCGGGAGUGAUGCAGAGCCCGCCCUGGAGGGACGCGCGCCUGGCCUGCACCCCUCAUCAAGGAUCCAUUUUGCUGGACAAAGACGGAAAGAGAAAACACACCAGACCCACGUUCUCUGGCCAGCAGAUCUUCGCCCUGGAGAAAACUUUCGAACAAACAAAAUACUUGGCGGGGCCGGAAAGGGCUCGCCUGGCCUAUUCCUUGGGGAUGACGGAGAGUCAGGUCAAGGUGUGGUUCCAGAACCGCCGCACCAAGUGGAGGAAGAAGCACGCGGCCGAGAUGGCCACCGCCAAGAAGAAGCAGGACUCGGAGACCGAGCGGCUCAAGGGAGCCUCGGAGAACGAAGAGGAAGACGACGACUACAACAAGCCCCUGGACCCCAACUCGGACGACGAGAAAAUCACGCAGCUGCUGAAGAAGCACAAGUCGAGCAGCGGCGGUGGUGGCGGCCUCCUGCUGCACGCGUCCGAGAACGAGAGCUCUUCCUGAGCACC